GGACGGGGAGGAAGCAGCGUCCCGUCUCUCACCGUUGCCGUCUCCUGCCCGCAGAGCGGCGAUGACGAGGAGUACCAGCGCAUCUACACCACCAAAAUCAAACCGCGGCUCCGGUCCGAGGAGGGGCCGGACGCCGAGGCCGGGGGGACGCAGAGCAGAACCAUCACCGUCACCCGCAAGGUCACCGCCUACACCGUGGACGUCACCAGCCACGACGGCGACCUCGGCGUCACCGGGAGCCCCGAAUUCAACGUCUGCGUCCCCACGCCGGAGCUCGGGGUGACUCCCGAGGGGCUUCACCUGCGGACGGAGCCCCAGAGCCAAAUUCCUGCUGGAGAAACUGGAAAAUCCCUCCCGGGCUGGAAGGGCUCCGGUGCCUUCCCGGGGUCUCCCCGGAUCGAGGCCAACGGACAGUUCGGAGAGCCGGACGGGCGAUUCCACGCUCCGUGUGCGCCGGGAGAGCUCGCGGGCUCCUCGCCGCCGCCGGACGUGGGGAAAAUCAAAAUCCCGGCGUUAAAAAUCCCCAAAUUCGGGUUCCAGGCUGGCGGAGAAGCUCCGGCCCCGCAGGUGGACGUCACCCGCUCGUCCCCGGUGCCGCGGGUGGACGUGGCGGUCAAAGGCGCCACCGAGGCUCCGCCGGACGUCGCCGGCGUGGAGCUCCCGGCCCCGGACGGCGCCAAGGGGAAAAUCCAAAUCCCGCACGUGACCUUCCCCGAAUUCACCGUCCAGGGCGACGGCGCCGCCGCGGAGGUCCCCAAGGGGGUGGCCGUCCCCGAGGUGGCCCUGGAAGGAGAAUGGAAAGGCCCCACCUUCAAAAAGGUGGAAACGCCCCAAAUUUCGCUGUCGGACGUGAACCUGAACCUGAGGGGCCCCAGGGUGGAAGGGGACCUGAAGGGACUCGGCCCCAAGGGGCUCCAGGUGGACGUGAAGGGUCCCGAGGUGGCAGUGGCCUGUCCAGGGGGUGGCCUGAAGGGCGUGGAGAUGGACGUUGGCGUGAAGGGCUUGAAAGGAGGAGUGGACGUGUCCGUGCCGACCAUGGGCGGUGAAUUGAGGGGGCCCCAACUGGACCUCAAAGGGCCCCAAAUUGGGGUGGAGGUGCCUGGAGUGGACAUCAAAGGCCCCGCGGUGAAGAUGCCCGAGAUGAGCAUCAAGACCCCCCAGAUCUCCGUGCCCGAUGUCGACCUCAAAGGGCCGGGAGUGAAGGGAAAUCUGGAUGUUUCUGCCCCAAAACUGGAAGGGGAGCUGAAGACCCCAGGACUGGACAUCAAAGGCCCCAAAGUCGAGGUGGAAGCGCCGGAUUUGGAGCUCCAAGGACCCGAGGGGAAGCUGAAGUUCCCCAAGCUGAAAAUGCCCAAAUUUGGGGUGAAAGGAGAAACCCCCAGCGUGGACGUGACCCUUCCCAAAGCGGGGUUCAAGAUGCCCGAGAUGAACAUCAAAGCCCCCAAGAUCUCCAUGCCCGACAUUGACCUGAACCUCAAAGGUCCCAAGGUCAAGGGGGGCGUGGACGUCUCCGUCCCCAAGUUGGAGGGCGACCUGAAAUGUCCGGAUGUGAACAUUAAAGGUCCGAAGGUGGAUGUGGACGUUCCUGACGUGGACGUUGAAGGUCCUGAGGGAAAGUGGAAGGGACCCAAAAUCAAGAUGCCAGAGAUGAACAUCAAGGCGCCGAAAUUUUCUCUGCCUGAUGUCGACCUGAACCUGAAAGGUCCCAAACUGAAGGGAGACGUGGCUGUGUCUGCCCCAAGAGUAGAAGGUGACGUGAAAGUGCCGGAUCUGGAGUUGAAAGGACCCAAAGUGGACGUGGACGUCCCCGACAUCGAACUGGAGGGCCCCGAGGGGAAGAUCAAAGGCCCCAAGUUCAAGAUGCCCGAGAUGAACAUCAAGGCCCCCAAGAUCUCCAUGCCCGACUUUGAUCUGAACCUGAAAGGCCCCAAAGUGAAGGGAGACGUGGACGUGGCCGUCCCGAAAAUCGAGGGAGAUUUUAAGGCCCCAGACGUCGAUAUCAAAGGCCCCAAAGUCAACGUGGACCUCCCCGAUGUUGACCUGGAGUGCCCCGAAGCGAAGCUGAAGGGCCCCAAGUUCAAGAUGCCCGAGAUGCACUUCAAAACCCCCAAGAUCUCCAUGCCCGACAUCGACCUGAACCUCAGAGGCCCAAAACUGAAGGGGGAUGUGGACAUUUCCACCCCCAAGCUGGAAGGUGACCUGAAGGGCCCUGACGUGGACAUCAAAGGUCCCAAACUGGACAUCAAAGCACCUGAGGUGGACAUUGACCUCCCGGAGGGGAAGAUCAAAGGUCCCAAGUUCAAGAUGCCCGAGAUGAACAUCAAGGCCCCCAAGAUCUCCAUGCCCGAUUUCGAUCUGAACCUGAAAGGCCCCAAAGUGAAGGGAGACGUCGAUGUGUCCCUGCCCAAGCUCGAAGGGGACCUGAAAGGGCCGGAGGUGUCACUGAAAGGACCAAAAGUGGACGUAGAAGUUCCUGAUGUGGAGCUGGAAUGUCCCGAGGGGAAGAUCAAAGGCCCCAAGUUCAAGAUGCCCGAGAUGAACAUCAAGGCCCCCAAAAUCUCCAUGCCCGACUUCGAUCUCAACCUCAAAGGCCCCAAAUUGAAAGGGGACGUCAAUGUUUCUGUCCCCAAGCUGGAAGGUGACCUGAAGGGUCCUGAAGUGGACAUCAAAGGCCCCAAAGUCGAUGUCGACCUUCCUGACGUUGAGCUGGAGUGUCCUGAGGCACUGGAGGGUGACCUGAAGGGUCCUGAACUGGACAUCAAAGGCCCCAAAGUGGACAUUGAGGCACCCGACGUCGACAUCCAUGGCCCGGAAGGGAAAAUUAAAAUGCCCAAAUUCAAGAUGCCCAAAUUUGGAUUCUCUGGGCCCAAAGUUGAAGGCCCCGAGGUGGACCUGAACCUUCCGGAGGCUGAGGUCAACAUUUCAGGUCCCAAGGUCGACGUUUCCGUCCCCGACCUGGACAUCGAAGGCCCCGAUGGGAAACUGAAGGGUCCCAAGUUCAAGAAGCCGGAGCUGCAGUUCAACGUCCCCAAGAUCUCCAUGCCCGACAUUGACCUCAACCUGAAAGGUCCCAAACUGAAAGGUGACCUCGAUGCUUCUCUUCCCAAGGUCGAGGGUGAGCUGAAAGGCCCCAAACUGGACAUCAAGGGGCCAGAGCUUGAGCUGGAGGGGCCAAAAGUUGACCUUGAAGGAAAAGCUAAAAAAUCCAGGUUUAAACUCCCCAAGUUUGGCUUUUCUGGCCCAAAAGUUCAAAGCCCUGAGGUGGAUGUGAAGAUUAAAAAACCUGAGGUUGAAGUGUCCGGCCCCAAAGUUGAGGUGCAGGCUCCGGAUUUGGACAUCCAGGGAAAAUCCAAGGGCUCCAAAUUCAAAAUGCCUUUUCUGAACAUUUCUUCACCCAAAGUCUCGAUGCCGGACGUGGAGCUGAACCUGAAGGGACACAAAAUGAAAGGGGAGUUUGACCUGUCCACCCCCAAGCUGGAAGGGGAACUGAAAGGUCCUGAGGUGGACAUCAAGGGCCCCAAGGUCAACAUCGAGGCCCCUGAGGUGGACAUUCACAGCCCGGAGGGGAAAAUCAAAAUGCCCAAGUUUAAAAUGCCCAAAUUUGGUGUUUCUGGGUUUAAAGGGGAGGGGCCAGAGGUGGACGUGAACCUGCCGACAGCAGAACUGGACGUGUCCGGCCCCAAGGUGGACAUUGAAGGUCCAGAGCUGGACAUUGAAGGUCCUGAGGGGAAGAUCAAAGGCCCCAAGUUCAAGAUGCCCGAGAUGAACAUCAAAGCCCCCAAGAUCUCCAUGCCCGACAUCGACCUGAACCUCAAAGGCCCCAAGGUGAAGGGAGACGUGGACGUGUCCUUGCCCCAGGUGGACCUGAAAGGACCCAAGGUGGACGUGGAAGCUCCGGAACUCAACGUGGAAGGUCCGAAAGGGAAAAUCAAAGGCCCCAAAUUUAAAAUGCCCGAAAUGAACAUCAAAGCUCCCAACAUCUCCAUGCCGGACCUGGACCUCAACCUGAAAGGUCCCAAGGUCAAAGGGGGGGUGGACGUCGAUCUGUCUGCACCAAAAAUCGAAGGGGACGUGAGCUUGCCGGACAUCGACAUCAAAGGCCCCAAGGUGGACGUUGAAGGUCCAGAGCUGGACAUUGAAGGUCCNGAGGGGAAGAUCAAAGGCCCCAAGUUCAAGAUGCCCGAGAUGCACAUCAAGGCCCCCAAGAUCUCCAUGCCCGACGUCGACUUCAACCUAAAAGGUCCCAAGGUCAAGGGGGACAUCGAUGUCUCUGUCCCCAAGCUGGAGGGGAACCUGCAGUGCCCUGAUGUCGACCUCAAGGGCCCCAGAGUGGACAUUCAGGCGCCGGACGUGACCCUGGAGGGGCCCAAGGUGAAGAUGCCUGAAGUUCACCUCAAGACCCCCCAGAUCUCCAUGCCCGACAUUGACCUGAACCUGAAGGGCCUGAAGGUCAAAGGUGACGCCGACCUGCAGGGCCCCAAGCUCGAGGGGGGUCUGAAGGGCCCCGAGGUCGAGAUCAAAGGUCCCAAAGUGGACAUUGAGUGCCCAGCGGUCAACGUCGAUGGUCCGGAGGGGAAAGUGAAGCUGCCCAAAAUGAAAAUGCCCAAAUUUGGCUUUAAAGGAGAAGGUCCCGACGUGGAUGUGAACUUGCCGAAGGCUGAGGUGGAUCUUUCCGGCCCCAAGGUUGAUCUUGGCCUGCCAGAGGUCAACGUUGAAGGUCUGGAGGGCAAAGUCAAAGGUCCUAAACUGAAAAUGCCCGAAAUGCACGUGAACGUCCCCAAAAUCUCCAUGCCCGAGAUAGACUUGAACUUGAAAGGCCACAAAACCAAGGGCGGCUUCGACAUUUCCACCCCGAAGGUCGAAGGUCACCUGAAAGCGCCUGAGGUUGACCUCAAAGGCCCAGAAUUCGGCGUCAAAGCUCCCGAAGUCGACGUCGAAUGUCCCGACCUGAGCAUCGAGGGCCCAGAGGCCAACGUCAAAGUUCCCAAGUUUAAAAAGUCCAAAUUUGGGUUCGGGAUGAAAAGCCCCAAGGCCGAGGUGGAUUUACCCGAGGGGGAGCUGAACGUGGAGUCACCCGAGGUCCACCUGUCCGGGAAGGGCAAGAAAAGCAAGUUCAAGAUGCCCAAAAUCCACAUGAGCGGCCCCAAAGUGAAGGGGAAGAAGGGGGCGUUCGACGUCAACGCGGCGGGGGCCGAGCUGGACGCGGAGCUCAACGUCACCGGCCCCGACGUCACCGUCAGGGGCGACGCCGCCGUGAAGUCGCCCAAAGGCAAGAAACCCAUGUUUGGCAAGAUCUCCUUCCCGGACGUCGAAUUCGACCUCAAAUCGCACAAAUUCCGCGGCGAGGCCUCGGCGGGGGUCCCCAAAGUUGAGGGUGAGCUGGAGGUCAAGGGCCCGAGUCUCAACGUGGACGUGGAAGGUCCCGAUGUCAACCUGAAAAGCCCAAAAUUCAAACUCCCCGGGGUCCAGGUGGGCGCGGGGGACGUGAAGGUCGGGGGUGACCUGAAGGGCCCCGGCGUCGACGUCGCCGUCCCCUCGCUGGCGGCGCCCGACGUCGACAUCGGCGUGAAAGGACCAAAAGUAAAAGGCGAAGUCGGCGCACAACUGGAAGGUCCCGAGGGGAAACUGGGAUGGCCCAAGGGGGGGAAAAUGGGUUUGGGGCUGGAGAUGCCGGACGUGAGCUCGGACGUGGAUGUGAAGCUCAAAGGGCCCCAAAUAUCCGGGCCUGAGUUGGAGGGGAACCUGCAAGGACCAAAAUUAAAGGGAGAUUUGGACAUUUCGGGCUCGGUGGAAGGGCCCGGUGUUACCCUGGACGCGCCCGGCCUGGACCUCGGUGGCCUGGGGGGGAAGGUGAAGCUGCCCACGGUGAAAUCCCCAACGCUGGAGGUCAAGGGGGGCGUCCCCUGCUCCGUCCAGUCCCCGGGGGCCACCCUGGACCUCAAGGGGCCCUCACUGGACGUCUCCGGGCCGGAUUUGGAUGUCAACCUGAAAGGACCAAAGUUGAAAGGAGACGUCGGCGUCAAAUCCCCGCAAGCAUCGGCGGACGAUGCCGGCUUCGAAAUUUUGGGGGGCACCAUCAAACUCCCGUCCCUGAAGCUGCCCCAGUUCAGCAUCUCCAGCCCCAGCAUGGACGGAGGGGACGCGGGGGUCACUCUGGAAGGUCCCCAGGUCAAGGCGGGGCUGAAGGGCUCCGGUUUGGGGCUGGAAGGUCCCGAGGUGGAACUGAAAGGGCCGAAAUUCUCCGCGCCGGACGUCGACCUGAGGCGGAAAGGACCAAACGUCGACGUGGCUGGUGACAUCAAAGGGUCAAAGGUCGGCGUGGAAGCCCCUCACGGAGGGCUGGGCGUCCACCUGGAGGCUCCGGCUCUGGAAGUGUCCGGCUCAGGAUUGAACGUCAACGUGAAAGGGCCAAAGGUCAAAGGCGCAGCCGAGGUGACGCCGCCGUCGGUCAGCGCCGGUUCUGGAACCUUCCACGCCUCCUGCCCCAAGGUGGGCGCCGAGGGCGGCCAGGUCAAAGUGUCCUUCCCCAAGCUGCGGAUGCCGAAAUUCGUCUUCUCCGAGCCCGAGGCCAAGGGCCGUGAGGUCGGGGUGGACGUCGACUUCCCCGGCGCCGACGCGGCCGAGCCGGAGCCGGACGAGGCCGAGGCGAGGCUGAAGAAAUCCAAGCUCAAGAUGCCCAAAUUCAACUUCUCCAAGCAGAAAGGACGCGGCACCGGCGGCACCCCGGGGUCCCCCGAGGCCUCGGGCUCCAUGUCCGGCUCCAAGGGCGACCUGAAGAGCUCCAAGGUGAGUCUGGGCUCGGCCGAGGGCGAGCUGGAGGCCGAGGCGCCGGCGGCCAAGGGCAAAUUCUCGCUGUUCCGCGGCAAGAAACCGCGGCCGCGCUCGUCGUCCUUCAGCGAUGACCACUCGGCCGAGCCGGACGCCGCCAGGCAGCCCAAGAGCAAAUUCGGGACCUUCGGGGGCAUCGGCUCCAAGGCCAAGGGGUGCUACGAGGUGACGGCCGGCGCCGAGGACGGGGGGCGGGCGCCGGGGUCCCCCAAAUCCCGCCUGUCCUCGUCCUCGUCCUGCGAGGGCGUGGCCCGGGGCGGGGUCCGCGUGCCCGGCCUGGAGCUGGCGGUGGCCAAAGGCAAGGAGUGACCGCGGGGGAGGGGUUGUACAUAGGCCUGGAGCGAGGGACCCCCCCCGCGUGUACAGAGAGGGGGAGGGGCUGGGGGUUCCCCUCCCCCCCACCAAAGAUUUUGGGGUCCUCCCCCUGUGCUGAGAGCUUUGUUUGUUUUCCCUCCCAAUUUAUCCUUUUUUUUUGGAUAUUUUUAUUGGGGUUUG